UUUUAAGACGCGCUGAGCUUGAAUCAUGUCGAUCAGAUUACGAGGGUGGUUUAAGUUUUUGCAAAGGAUUAUUCGAAUGGUAUCGUGGUAAUCCGAAUAGUGCUCUUCGUUUAUUUAAUAACUGUCGACGAAAUGAACAAUGGGGUCAACAGGCAAUUUAUAACAUGAUUGAAAUUUGUCUGAAUCCGGAUGAUGAUUUGCCAAAUGAGGGAUUAGUCAUUGAAUUUCAUUCAGGCGAUAUUGAAGUCAAGGGGGCUCGGAAAAUGGCUUUACAAACGGCGGAACGCUUGAUUAACGAAAUCAAAUCUUGCAUCCAGCCAACGCUGGACCAUAAAGCACUUGAUAUUCGAUUGUUGGACAAUUUUCUUCUAGUUGCAUCAAGACAAAAGCAUAAGAUAGAGCAAGCUUUGCAAAAUUUCUCAAUUAUCUUAUCUCAGAAAGAAAAUGUUGGAGCAGUUUACGGUCUAGCCACUGCGUACGUGCUAUUGAAACAGAGUCCACGUGCAAAAAAUCAAUUAAAGCGAGUAGCAAAAAAUACUUGGACUGUCGAAGCGGCAAAUUAUUUAGAAAAAUGCUGGUUGUUGUUAGCUGAGCUGUAUAAUCAGGUCGGGAAGUAUGAGAUGACUACUGAUAUACUCAAGCGAGUUCUUUUACAUAAUAAGUCCUCCGUGAAAGCAUAUGAGCUUUGUGGAUUAGCUUUUGAAAAAGAGCAAAAUUAUAGGGCGGCUACUUUAUACUACGAAAAUGCAUGGCGUUAUUGUUCUAAAUCAAAACCGGUCAUUGGUUACAAGCUGGCAUUUAAUUACAUGAAAAUCAAAAGAUUUGCUGAUGCAAUUGAUAUAAGUCAAAUAGUACUUAACAAGCAUCCGGAUUAUCAUUGUAUUCGAAGAGAUGUGCUUGAAAAAUGUAGAAACAAUCUAAAAGUAUAGUAGUUGUAAAGGUUGGAGAACAGUUGUGCUACUUAUAAUGUAAUUUGGAAAUCAAUGGUUGUCUCGAAGAUUGAUUCACAUCCGCUUAAAAGAUCAUCAGUUUAGCGGUUUUUGUUCUAAUCCUGUUACUAUUUUAUUCCUUAAUUUACAUAAUGCAUAAACGCUAAGAAUUGCUGAAUAAAUUCAGUAAAAUAAAACGUUUAAAACUUCGAAUUUAAUUUAGAAAUGUGAGCUAUUUCAUUAUUGAAGCAAUUGUAUCUCACAUUUAUAUACAGGAAUAUAUUUUAACACGUUGACUGCUAAGCGGUUUUUUUUUAAAUUCCACAGAACGCCAAGAGUUAAGCAUCGCUUGCUCAUAUGUGUUAGCAACGGUAGCCCCUGUUGUAACGCUGUAGAUCUAGGUUUGUGGCCUUUCAGCAUUCUUUGUGAGCAUUCCUAUCCCUGUUUGAUACUAAUUUUAUGUUUAUAAAUAAUAAGCCGUUCUAAAUAUUACCAAAUUGCUUUUUAAUAAUCAAGCGUUGUUGCCGUGACCCAAAAGUGGCUAGCAUAGCAUCCUAGAAAAUUUUACGUCAUUUUCGAGUGACGCGGCAAUCAACUUGUUAACACGUUAACGGUCAAGAGUUUUUGGCACAAUUCCCUGUGAGUUAAAUGAACAUACUCUCUCACAGCUUACUUCUGUAUCAUCUACAUGUUUCAGUAUUGUUAACUCGACUAUUCAUUGAAAUGUAGGAUAAGUUAAGUAUAAAAGGAGAUAUUUGUAAAUUAAAAUAGUAAUUAA